AUGUCCUCAAUAGUUCUUCUGGUUGGUCAGUGUGGCAAUCAAGUUGGACAUGAACUAAUGGGUUUGAUUGACAAGAGUGACACCCACCCAUUAAGUCACAGAGAUGGCAAAUUACGCUGUGUCUGUGUGGACAGUGAAUCUAAGGUCAUUAGGCAUAAUUACCGUGAAGAUACAAGAUCUAGCAGUUUGUACAGAGAAGCCAACAUGAUUGUCGGCCAAAGAGGACGAGGAAAUAACUGGGCACUGGGUUACCACGGAUUGAGUGGAGAGACAGAAGACGUGUCACUAUUAAAUCGCUCCAUGGAAACUUUGAGAAAGGAAGUAGAGAGAUGUGAUAACUAUGCUGGUAAGAGACUGUCUGGUUUCAUCAAGGUUGUGCUCUAUCAGCGGAUGGUGGUUCCUAAUACCUAACAUUAAUUUUGUUCGCAGACAAGAAUAUCUGAGGUUUUCCAUAAAAAUCAUAUGCUGGGAGCCUUGGAUUUUACAGGUUCAAAACACUUGCUCCCUUCAAUUUUUCACAGAGCCCAGCCUUGGGUUUCAUUGUUUUGUUAGGCUGCUUAGUGGCUGGAUUGCCACUCACAGCGCUGUCAACCACCAACGUCCUCGAAUAUUGAGAAUCAAUAGGAUAGGGAUGAUAGAUAUAAUCAUAACACCCAAGUAUUGCGAUUGUCACCAAUUUGCAAUGACACAAAAUGCACGAAAACCAAUCAGAUUAUUAUAUUGCAAAGGCAUGCCAGAGUUGAUGAGGAAAAGUUCGAUGUUAACAUUAAAAUAGCUCAAAGAACGCAAAGUAGGUGAAAUUUUGUUGUCAGAAAGUCGAGUCUACUGAAGAAAUGCCAAACAUCAGCACUUAUCGGGGAGAUUUUUAUUCUCUAAUUUGGAGACUAGUACUGGGAGAUACAGUAAAAAUCUGGAGUCUCCCGGGUUAUCGGGAGAGUUGAUGGCCCUGCAUUCAGGUGAACAAGCAAGUGAAUAAGCCAAUGGAGGGCUCAGAAAGACCUUGAAUUCUUGCUUUUCCUUUGGACUAGCUUCCCCCAUAUUUUGCUUGCCUGAAUCAUUGCUUGCUUGUCAUAGGUAAUGAUUUAAUUAAAACAUGAUUUGCCUGUACCCUUGACCUUUGAGCUGCAAGUGAGAUUAACACAUUUCCUGCCCAGCAAGACAAUCUACUGGUCCCAGACAAGCAGACUAGACGUUUUUCUAGCCUUGAAUUGUAUGUUGGCUAAGGACAAAAUGAAGCCCUGGUAUUCACAUCUUGCCCACUCCACUGGCUAAAAAAGGAAAGCUGCCAUUUUAAUAUUGCUGUUUGCACACAACAUAACCUUUUUCCUAAAUAGAACAUUACCAAACCAUCUGAGUUUUCAGUAGGUCAUUGACAGUGCUCUUUACCCCCACAUUUUGUACCUUCAGACAACUUGAAUAGAAUGGGAUUCUGGGAAGCUACCGACCUACCCCUCCCUAACCCAACAUUUUGCCCUGACAAUGGUUUAGGGGAGGGGUAGCUGGAAGUUUCUUUUCUUAUACUGAUCUGUCAACUCUCUCUCAACAGACACCCCUAUAGGACAGACACUUUCCUAAACUGGACACUGAGUUGACGAUGUUUAAAUAAUCAAUUCUUAGAGCCCGUACGGUCAGUUGUCAUCUUAGAGAGAACUGCAUUGACUUUACUCAAACGUUUUAUCUUGCUUUUCUCUGCAAGGCACAAUUGUAGUCCAUAGUCUUACUGGUGGUACUGGUUCUGGACUGGGAUCACAUCUUGUGGAGAGAAUAAGGGACACAUACCCUUUGGCUCAUGUCAUGUCUGUUGCUGUUUCACCUCACUCAUCUGGUGACAGUCCACUGCAACAUUACAACUCACUUCUAAGCUUAGCAUCUCUACAGCGGUGAGUGUGAUAAUUCUAAUGCCUUUCUCUAAACAACUCAUUAUUUUAUUUGUACUGAAUAUGACUGAUCUCAAGUGUUAUCAAUAUCAUCAGUUAUCUUCACUCUCAAGGCCACUUUCUGACUACAAUAAUAUUUUAAAACUACUGUGAGUUGAAGUUUACAACAAGAAAUCAGACUUGUGCCAUCUGCUGAACUUUGACUGGUCAAACAUAAGAAUUUCAGUCAUCAACUCAAUAGUUAGGACCACCUUGUACAGCAUAAUAAACAGGACCACAGGAAAGUAAUGCUCAGUAUCUUUUAUUUGAAUGGGCAAACUUAAAAGAUUUCUGUGACAGAAUCAAAAGUUAGAAUCACUUUGUACAGCACGAGAAACAUUACCACAGAAAAGCACUGCUGAAGGACUUUUAUUUUACUUAAAAACUGUUGAUUUUGGCCCCUUUAAGAUCACCCCCCCCCGCUCCCCCGCCAACCUCCCUCCCUUCUCAAGGUGGUCUCGCAAGUUCGACCUCAGACCGGGUGUAAUAUAUUAACUUGCAGGGCGGCACUUACUACGGAGAAAAGCCUUAAAUGAAAAAUGCAUAAAUGACCAUAAAUGAUCUUCUUUUUUCAGACAUGCAGACGGGGUGUUACUUUUCAACAAUGACGAUGUUCUUCAUCACAUAACAUCACACAGUGGGCUAGUAACACGACAUAAGCCAUCAGGUUCCAUCUCACUCAAAGAUAUGAACAGCUACAUUUCAGCGAGCCUUGCUGGAGUGUUACAACCCUUAGGCAAAAAGCCUAAACGGAUAAAGGGAAAACCCAAGGAAAGGGCAAGUCGAGUAAUGACAGACAUUAUGAAGGAUUCAAAAAGUGAGAAGUUUAGCUAUAGUGGAGGACGACUGAGAAAACAAGACAGUAUUUCUAGAAAGCUUUCGUUUUCUAUGGAUGACCCUCUGCGUAAAGAUGAUUUCAGUUUUAACUGGUCAGCAGUGACUGCUACUCCUCAGCGAAACUCCUCUGCUUCAUAUCUAUCUGAUGACUAUUCCGUAGAUACGCUGUCUUUCGUAACUGAUUUUGACUCUAGCGCCGAAAUGGCUAGACAACCCAGAUCGACUGCUUCAGCGCUGCUUCGCUAUCGGGGAAUCGUAAGCCCGCCAUCUUCAAAGACCAGGAAGUCGAACAUGAUUGACAGCUGUUUGUCAUCGCAGUUGUCAGCUGGAGUCUCAAGUGGCAAUGAACCAUGGGAAAUGCUUCGGUCUGUUUGUGCGGAACCAUCCAAAAAAUUUGCUACAGUGCAUCACCUUGCGAAGUUGAAGGUUACCUGGGAAGCACUCGCUCAAUCGCUUAUUCACUCAAUACGUCGAUAUGACAGGCAAGGCAGCCAGUUUAGCACCCUGUGCUCUCUCCUUAUCGCCCGUGGAGAUUAUGAGGGUUCCUUUGCAGAGGUCUCCACAAAAAUUGAAGAUAAAUUUCGACAGUCACUGGGAUGUGUGCAGUGGAAUCCUUUUCCAGUUGACUUUUGGAUAAGUGUGUAACCAGUUUCUUGUAAACCACUAAAUAGCCUGCGAGCAAGCUCUCCAUUUCUGGCGGCGAGCCAAGGGUGCCACCUGCGUGUGACUUCCACCAUAUCCGCCAUUAGAGAGGAGAAAUGUGACGUCAGGUUACCACGGUAGGAAAAUCUGGAUCACAACAAUCUUCUUGACAGAGACGGCCAUUUGUAUUGUUGAACGAUGUAAGAAGAUUGUGGGCUACCGUUUUGUUCCUGAGUGUAAUCAUGCACAGCCUUUUUGCUAUUUUCUGUCAUAUCUGCAGGACCACGGUUUGUUGAGAUCCGGAGAACAAAGUAACCAAGGGAACGUGAUGUAACGACUUGUCGUCUCUAUUGAAGAGCUUGCUCGCAGGCUAACCACUAAAACGUCAUCUUCAUCGAAUCUAGUCUGCACCUACCUCUUUCAACGCCUGCUACCUCGGCUAUAUCGAAUCCCGCUGAAAUUGGGUCUCAGACAAGAACUUAAACAAAGACGUUAAACAAAGACGUUUUUUAAGCGACGCACGUCAACCGGAAGUGGACUCCUUGCAUUCUUGUGCAGUUGUUAUGCCCAAAUUUUCAGGUGAAUUGUCUCUAUGCGAGUAAAGAGACUUGAAGAUAUAUACAUUUAGUAGCGUCAAGGCAUAUUGAAAGAAAAAAAGCUUCACUUCCGGUUGACGUUCGUCGCUCAAAAAACGUCUUUGCUUAAUUACGUUUCCUAAAAGCCUGCACGGUAGCCUGCCAGCAGGCUGACUUGUAGGAGUUCGGGGAAAAUUUUGGAGGCGGCGCGCGAGGAAUUUUUCCACGACCUUGCACAGGUGAGCCUGUUUGCAGGCUACUUCAAACGCCAGAAAUACCGCCCUUUCCAUUUCGAAACCCCUGUCAAGCAGGCUAAGAAGUUAAUUCAUUUCUGAACGUAUUAGGUCGUUUCGCCAUCGUCUUAUAUAUGUUAUUUGUCAUUUUUCCUUCUUAAAGUGUGAUUCACCAUUUUUUUAUAGGUCAGUAUAAUCCAGUGGGUCCUAAAGAUUCGCAGUCUCUCACACUGUGCUUGAACUCCACAAAAAUAGUUGAGACACUAGAGGAUCUCAUGUCCAAGGCAAGAACAAUGUAUGACGCAGGUGCUUAUUUACAUUGGUUNUUGUAGGAGUUCGGGGAAAAUUUUGGAGGCGGCGCGCGAGGAAUUUUUCCACGACCUUGCACAGGUGAGCCUGUUUGCAGGCUACUUCAAACGCCGGAAAUACCGCCCUUUCCAUUUCGAAACCCCUGUCAAGCAGGCUAAGAAGUUAAUUCAUUUCUGAACGUAUUAGGUCGUUUCGCCAUCGUCUUAUAUAUGUUAUUUGUCAUGUUUCGUUCUUAAAGUGUGAUUCACCAUUUUUUUUAUAGGUCAGUAUAAUCCAGUGGGUCCUAAAGAUUCGCAGUCUCUCACACUGUGCUUGAACUCCACAAAAAUAGUUGAGACACUAGAGGAUCUCAUGUCCAAGGCAAGAACAAUGUAUGACGCAGGUGCUUAUUUACAUUGGUUCUGGAAACACGGCUGUUCCAAGGUAAAGGCUGUAAAAAUUGCUUCAAAGUGGUUUCCAGCGACUGCAAUGAUCCUCAUUGCAUUUACUUUAGGUGGUUAUUUGUAGUUAAUACAAGUUUGACUGGAAAUAUUGAAAAAGAGCUCCCCCGGUGAUGUGUCGGUAGACUGUCGACCAACAGUCGGGCGACAAACGGCAACAAACUGUCACAGUCGGCCGACAAACGGUUUUUUACCGUUGCAUGCCAGUUUCCUGACCGGCGUAAAUGCCCCGAAAAAAGAAAGACGAGGGAGAAGUAGUGCUGAAGACGACAAAGGGCAUUUUCAAUUUCUUCUUCCUGUAAAAGCGCGAAGAAAGGGGAGAAAAAAUUAGGAUGCGUUCUCCUUCGUUUAACGCAGUUCGUGAGUUAGCAAGCACGACGGCCGCAACACAAAACCAUUUAGGUGGAUAAACAAAUCUUUGCCAUUGCACGUGCUUGUUAGAUCUUGGUUUAUUUAUCUACCCUUCUUUAAAAAGUGUAACCACGAUAUUUGUAAAAAGGUGUGUUUCUUUUUUCAAUAAUUGUAGAGUGAUUUCAUAGAUGCGUUUGACACGCUGGAGUCUGUUGUGGACGAUUAUAAGCUUGCAGUGAGAUGA